GAUGGCAUAAUACCACUAUUUAUUCAAAUUUAUUAUUGUAGGAGAUGGAAGUGUUGGAAAGUCUUGUAUUUUGUUGAGAUACACAGAGAAAUAAUUUCGAGAUGAACAUGACACUACAAUAGGAGUUGAAUUUGGAUCUUAAGUUUUUGUAAAGAAUGAGAAAACAAUAAAAAUAUAAAUUUGGGAUACAGCAGGAUAAGAUUCUUUUAAAUCAAUAACGAGAUCUUAUUAUAAAGGGUAUAUAGUAAUAAAUAUAGUUUAGAUCGAUAGGUGUAUUACUUGUUUUCGAUAUCACAAACGAGGAAUCAUUCCACAAUGUAUUAAAGUGGUAUAAUGAAGUAAAUGAUUAAGCUGCUUCGAAUUGCUAAAUAGUGUUGGUGGGCAAUAAAGUUGAUUUGGAAUAACAGUACAUAUUAUACACUAUUUAUAUAUAAUAGUCGUAAAAUAUCGACUCUUUAAGCUAAAGCAUUUGCUGAUCAAUACAAAAUGCAAUACAUUGAAACAUCUGCAAAAACUAAUUAUAAUAUUGAUUAAUUAUUUGAGAAUACAGCCAUGGAAAUAGUUGACAAAAUAGAAAAGAAAUAAAUUGAGUUUACUACAGAAGUAUGAAUAAAAUUAUGAAUAUUAAUAGGAUAGUGGUAUAAAAUUAGGUAAUUACUAUUAAUAAUAAAAUACAAAAAAAUAAGAAGAUGAUUGCAAAUGCUGAUU